AAAUUUGGUUAAUUGUGUAUCCAAACGAACGGAGCGUGUUCCAAUUCCAAGGGAGGGAGAUGCGAAGAAGACAAUGGCGCCUGUGCUGAACCUAAGCCCACCACCCCUUACCUUCUCUCACUUUCCCAGAACUCGCCCCGAGUUAUCCCGUUCCUCGCUCUGCGCGACCACUCGCCGUCAAAAUGUAUCCCAGGACUGGAAUUCUCUCCUGCUAAAGCUCAAGUGCCGUGGCAGGUUUUCUUGCCUCUUCUCAGACAAUCGCCGGCAGGAAGAAGCUAAGAAAGCAUUAGAAAGUGCACUCGGUGGAAAGAAAAAUGAAUUUGAGAAAUGGAACAAAGAAAUUAAAAGAAGAGAGGAGGUGGGUGGAGGUGGUGAUGCUGGUGGAGGGGGUUGGUUCGGAUGGGGUCGACGAUUUGGGUGGUCCAAUGGUGAUCAUUUCUGGCAAGAAGCACAACAAACAAGCCUUGCUGUUCUAGGCAUCGUUAUCAUGUAUCUCAUAGUUGCGAAAGGAGAAGUGAUGCUUGCUGUUAUAUUGAAUCCUCUGCUGUAUGCUCUGCGAGGGACAAGAAAUGGGUUAACUUUCAUAACAUCUAAAAUCUUGAGGAAGACAUCUCCUGAUAGUUUUAAUGAUUUUGAUAUUACGUCAAACAAGGAAGGUGUUUCUGCUAAAGACAGAGUAACGAGGAAAUGGAGAAGCGUGUGAUAGUUUUCACUUGGUUUUUUGAUGUAUUGCAAAGGCAUAAAUAUUUAUUGUAUCUCAUGCUUUUUGCAUCAAUUUUCCAGAGUUUGUUGUUAAAUUACUAGUGAAGGCCAACUGAAAGAUGGUGUCGUUUGAAUUUUUCUACAAUAGCAGAUAGCUAUCAGUCUAGCAUUUGUGUAACUCGGAACAGGAAACUAAGAUGUUUUUGCAUUUGAUUUAUCUCCCCAUGGGAUAAAAACUUAUGGUAAUUCAACUGUGAAAAUUAAAUGUAAACCUAUUAUCCGAAUAUUUCAUGA